UGCCGCAAAAUCAAACGGCUAAUGUAUCAUCACCACGAAAGUGAGGUACUCUCGCUGAGGUUGAAGAAGAAGAAGGGGCAAGAAUGUAAUUACAUCCAGAAAUGCUUCAUAGUUACGCAGCUGAGUUAUUACACUUGUUCACAAAGUAAGCUGCAGUCUGGGGACUACCCAACUCCUAACUUUCUUCACCUUCUUAAAUUACCUAUCUGUCAAUUAUCAUCAUUUCCCAAUUGUGUUGAUACUUAAUUGGUAGUAGCAAUUUUUUCCAUUAAAGUUUUCAUUUUUUUGGUUUUUUGUUGAUGGAAAAAGUAUUGAUCCAACGGCUGUAGAAGAACGGUGCAACAAGAUUUUGAAUUCGGAGAUGCGUUUGUUUUAGUUUUAAAAUAGAAAUAAAUAAAGUUGUUCUCUCUCUCUCUUCGUGGACACUGGAACUAACACCACCGAUGCACUACACUCUGUAGAGACUGCAAAUGGAAAGCAUCUUUUGGUAAUCACGGAUUUUGAGAUCAGGUAGUGUGGAUUUGAGAUCAGGUACAUUUACUUGCAAGGUGUUUUGAAUUUUGGUUGUGGACAUAAUGGGAAAGCCUGCAAGGUGGUUAAAAAGUGUACUACUUGGAAAGAAACCAUCUAAAUCUAGUGGUUCUAAAGAUAAGGAGAGAAUUGUGAAUGGAAAAGAAGUAGUGGUUAUAUCAAAGAUUGAAGAAUCCGAUGUUGUUUCGGAUCUUUCAUCAAUUGGAAAUGCAGCAGUCUAUACCAGUGGUAUUGUAGAGACGCAGAAUCUAAAACAUGAAGAUGUUUCGGACGACGAGAUACAAGUUUCUGAGGUCCAACCAACAGAUUCUCAAGAUGUUGCUUCUGUUCCUGAUGAUUCGCUAUCCGAAUCAGAGAAAAUUCAACAAGAGAUCGCAGCAGUUACCGUGCAGGCUGCGUAUAGAGGAUACUUGGCACGACGUGCUUUCAAGAUAUUAAAAGGUAUAAUAAGGCUACAAGCACUUAUCCGUGGUCACAUGGUUAGAAGGCAAGCUGUUUCGACUCUGUGCUGUGUUAUGGGAAUUGUCAGAUUGCAAGCACUUGCUCGUGGGAGAGAGAUCAGACAUUCAGACAUUGGAGUUGAAGUUCAGAGGAAAUGUCAUUUGCAUCAUCAGCCUUUAGAGAAUAAAGCCAACUCGGUUGUUGAUACACAUUCUUACUUGGGAAUCAAUAAGCUAACAGGAAAUGCUUUUGCUCAGAAGCUUCUAGCUUCAUCGCCAAACGUGCUGCCUUUGUCCCUCGACAAUGAUUCUUCCAAUUCAAUCUGGUUAGAGAACUGGUCAGCAUCUUGCUUCUGGAAACCAGUUCCUCAGCCAAAGAAAGCAUCACUCAGAAAAUCUCAGAAGAAGUUUGCCAGUAAUCCUCAGAUAGUCGAGGCUGAGUUUGCGAGACCAAAGAAGAGUGUUCGCAAAGUCCCUUCUUCAAAUCUCGACAAUUCCUCGGUGGCACAAACAUCAUCUGAGCUUGAGAAACCCAAACGCAGCUUCCGCAAGGUUUCAACAAGCCAAUCUGUAGAACCACUACCGUCUAUGGACAAUCCUCAAGUUGAUCUAGAGAAAGUGAAACGUGGCUUGAGAAAAGUACAUAAUCCCGUAGUUGAGAACUCUAUCCAACCUCAACUGGUUCCACAGAUUGCAGUUGAAAAGCCAAAUGGUAGUUUAGAAGAAUCUGUGAAUGCCUUUGAUGAAGAGAAAGAAGAUGAAGUGGCUGAGACAGUGGUGCAACAACCUGAAGAGUUGAUACAAACUCAUACACCAUUGGGGACCAAUGAAUCUCUUGAUUCCACAUUGGUCAACCAAAUCGAAGAGAGUGAAGAAAAUGUAAUGGCCGAGGAAAAGGAGGAUGUAAAAGAAGAGAGGACUCCCAAACAAAACCAUAAGGAGAAUUCAGCUGGGAAGGAGAAUCAGAAAUCCGGGAAAAAGGCUUCUUCGGUUACUGCUACUCAAACCGCCGAGUUUCAAGAGAGUGGUAAUGGUAAUCAGACUAGUAGCCCGGGAAUACCGAGCUAUAUGCAGGCGACUAAAUCCGCUAAAGCAAAGCUGAGGCUACAAGGCUCUUCUUCACCUAGGCAAUUAGGGACAACUGAGAAAGCCAGUAGACGUUACUCUCUACCAUCUUCAGGUAAUAGUGCAAAAAUCACUUCUCAUUCUCCUAAAACAAGAGUCUCAAACUCGAGUGGCAAAAGCGGGAACAAGACAGAGAAAACUCUUCUUUCGUCCCGAGAAGGAAACGGUAAGGCAACUCCGGUAGAGUGGAAGAGAUGACUGAUCAUCUGAUAAAGAAAAGCUGAGGCCUUUGAUGUUUCUAAACUACAUCAUUUUACUAUCUAUAUAGCUAAUGUGUAUGUCUGUCUUUGUCCUUGUGUUUGUUUUUCUCUUUGUGUUUGUGUAAUGAGUUGAGAAUGUACAUCAUAGGUUUUCCUUUUCUUUUUUUGUGUGUGUGAGGGAUCUUCAUUUUCCGUUUAAUCUUACAUUACUUCUCAUAUAUUAUCUUCAAAAUAAAAUAAAUCAACUUUAGA